GCCGUGCUCACCUCACUGCCUCAGAGCGGACUAGGUUUGAAAGUAAUGGAGGUGCGCGUGACCGAGAGAGCUGAUGCUAAAACACCACAAUGUCUAGAGAUUCCUGUCAGAAAAGUGAUUAUAAAUAAUUAGACUGAAGUUAGACUUCAGACACUGUUUAUAAUUUACACAGGGCAUUAUUUUUUGGACGUGUUUAGUAACUGUGGAGGAAGAAUGGAGCCGGGGUUAGAGAUGUCUGCGAUGAUUCCUGCGCUACAGGAGCUAGCCAGUGCCACUUCAGAGGAGUAUAAUGGCGCUGUUCAGAAACCCAGACAGAUUCUGUGUCAGUUCAUUGACAGGAUCCUGACUGAUGUAGAAGUUGUGGCGCUGGAACUGAGUAAGAAGAGCAGCUCAGAACCGGCCUGUGUCAUGCUCCUGGACUUCAUUCAGCACAUCAUCAAAUCCUCCUCACUGAUGUUUAUAAAUCCGGCCUGUCAGACCGAGCGGUUCAGAGACGUACAGAGCAACUGCAGCGAUUUCAGUCAGUGGAUCAUCACGCGUGUGUUGCGCAUUGCUGCGGCUCCGGAAUGUGGAAUUCUGCAGGCUAAAAUCGUUUCAGUCCUCUGUUCCUUGCUCCAUCUUUUCCGAGCGAAGAGUCCGGUGGUGUUCGGAGUGUUGGUCAGAGAGCUGAUAGGUUUACUGCAGGAUCUCACACACGCCAUCUGCAGGACGCCGGACACACACCAGACGCAGUGGCCCGUGUCACCUCGGCGUUUCUGCGUCAGCGCGUGUCACCGCGCCGCGUAUCUCACACCAUCCUUCCUCCAGCUCGUGUCCCCCGCGGCGUCUCGGGCGCUGUUAUCCACCACGCUCACCGUCCUCACCAACGUCCUACAGGGCGUCUUCUUUCCCCAGGAAGUCGGCCACGUUUGGGACGCGUCCUGCUUUGUCCUGACGAACGGCGGCCCGGAGUUAAAAUCCGUCUCCAUGGCGACUCUGAAAUGCAUCGUGAAUUUGGGUGGACUUCCUGUAAACCACGAGGAGACGUUCUUCGUGGCUUAUCUGUCCCUUCUGGACUCGUUCGUUUCCUGUGAGGAAUCAGACGUGCGCUCAUGUGCCUCGGAGUUCCAGGCGCUGACGCGGAGUGUGUUUGUCCUGGAGAAGGGCUCACACACACGGUUUGGGCGCGCUAACCUCAACCUGCUGAUGAACGCACUGCACACACUCCUCCUCAGCGGGGCUGUGGACAGCAUGAAGGUGACGGAGGUGAGGACCACGCUGUGCGAGGUGUUCCGCUUCAUCCUGGAGUGUGUUCCGCUGGGGUACGAGUCUGCAGCUUCGGUCCGGAAAGAGAGAGUGACCACCAUCUGCAGAGCCAUGAUCACCAACAUCGGAGCUCAGACACACCAGGAAUAUGUGGAGGGCUACAUGUGCGUUGCACUGAAGGCUGAAGGUCUUGCAGCUCUACAGGAAGUACAGAACAGCGUGAAUGGGUGUGUCGAGUCCAGUGGAAGUGAUGAGGAGAUUCCGGCUAAACGGUUACACCUGUCCCUCUCCAUGGCGUCGGGGCAAACUCAGCUUGGUCAGGUGGAGAUGAGGAGCAGGAGUGAGGUGUGGGCUGCAGUAGAAGAUCGGAUGGAGGAGCUGAUCACACAGCUGAAGACGUGUGAUGGAGUUGAACAGCGAGUGUGUGUUCUGGAUGGAUUAGUCAACAUCCUGCGUCUCACUGCUGUCUGCUCCAGUGAGUGUGUGUUAAACUCUGGAGUGAAGCAGACACACACUCAGCUGGUGUGGUUGAAGCCGAGGACGUUGUCUCAGGUGGUGGACGCGUGUCUCUCUGUCAUGGCCGAUGCUGGUGAUGAGGAGGCGGAGCUGGUGGUGGAGAGAACGGUCCGUGUCCUGGAUGCCAUCAUCUACAUGAACAUUAACAGUCAGACUGAUGGCGCAUUGUCCCGGAGUGUGUGUGCGUUGUUGUCGAUUCCCUGGGUGGACACACACUCCUCUGUCUCAGCCUAUCAGAUGGCUUCGUUUCCUGCUAAUCUGACUGGACUGUCGAAAAAACUUGCUCCUGCUUACUCUGUGGAGGCACGAGCUCGCUGCAUGUUCCUCCUCUCUCUCCUCCCUCAGCAGAUGAGUGCAGAUUGGCGUGUGACCGUUUAUCAGUGUGGACUACAGAGUGAGAAUGAGACGGAGCGCCUCGGGGCAGUGAAGGGACUUCCCCUGUUCAUCCAUCAGCUUGGAACUAAACCAUACAACCUCCUGCACACCACUCUCAUGUCUAGACUACAGGAUGUGUCCCCAUGUGUGAGGUCAGCGAUGGCGUCCCUUGGGUCUCAGUUACUGUGCUGUGUGAGUGAAAGUUCUCAGCUCCAUGUGCUCCCUGAGGACUUGUGUUCUCCCUCGGAGUUCCUUUGUUCUCGUGUCACUCUGUCCGACUCUCACUCCGUCCAUCUGUCCUCCGCCGGGGCGUCUGUGUUGACACCGUUCCUCCCCCUGCUCAAACCCAGUGAGGAGCCUGAGGUCAAACGAGCAUUUAUAGAGAACAUCAGUCACGUGUGUAAGCACGUAGAUAUUAGCAGCAGUGACCCCGACACCAAGUCCCUCCUCGUGGCACUGGUUCAUCUCAUUGAGGAUCCACAUCAGGACGUUCGAUUGUCCUUCAGCCGGAACAUCAGGAGUCUGCUGGAGCACUGGAACGGAGACGCUUUCCUCAAAGAGCUGCUCGUGUCCCGGCUAAAGGAGGCUUUUACAAAUGCAAAAACUUCCAGAAACAGUGAACUGAAACACACACUCAUCCUCACAACAGGGGAGAUUGGCAGGGCGGCUGAAGGCAGUCUGGUCUCGUUCUCUCUGCUGCGUCUGCUCCACUGUUUACUCUCUAAAUCCUCUCAGGUGUCCGUCGUGGCUCACACAGAGAUUCAGGCUCUUGCGUCAGCCAGGAAUCUCAAACUGCAGAGCUUCUUCAAUCAGUACAGGAACCCUGUGUGUCAGUUCCUGGUGGAGUCGUUACACUCCCGCCACAUGAUAGCACUGCGCUGUACCCCUGAUCAGAGCAGUGAGGCCCUACAGGAGGAGGCAGCGCACCAGAGAGAGCUCGCCCUGGACAUCCUCUCACAUGUAGCUCAUGCCUUCGACUUCCCCGACCUCAACCGCUUCCUCAACCGCACACUGCAGGUUCUUCUCCCAUACCUGGCGGCGAAAGCGAGUUCCACAGCGUCUGCUCUGAUCCGCACCAUCGCUAAACAGCUCAACGUCAACCGCAGAGAAAUCCUUAUCAGCAACUUCAAGUACAUCUUCUCCCAUCUGGUGUGUUCCUGCACCAAGGACGAGCUGGAGAGAGCGCUACACUACCUGAAGAGUGAGACAGAGAUUGAGUUGGGCAGUUUACUGAGACAGGACUUUCAGGGUCUCCACAAUGAGCUGUUGCUGCGACUGGGAGAAAAUUACCAGCAGGUGUUUAAUGGACUCUCCAUCCUUGCCUCGUUCUCCUCCGGUGAAGAUCCGUAUCAGGGGCCGAGAGACAUCACCUCUCCUGAGAUAAUGGCUGAUUACCUGCAGCCGAAGCUCCUGGGGAUCCUGGCGUUCUUCAACAUGCAGCUGCUGAGCUCCAGCACUGGUGAGAAGGAGAAGAAGAAAAUGGCUCUGAACAGUUUAAUGGCUCUGAUGAAGCUGAUGGGUUCGAAGCACAUCAGCUCAGUGAGGGUGAAGAUGAUGACCACACUCAGAACCGGUCUGAGAUAUAAAGAAGAUUUUCCACAACUCUGCUGCUGGACGUGGGAUCGUUUCGUCCGUACCCUCGACCAUUCGUAUUUGGGGCCGUUAUUGAGUCACGUGAUCGUCGCUCUCCUGCCCCUCAUCUCCAUCCAGCCGAAAGAGACGGCAGCGAUUAUGCACUACCUCAUCGUAGAGAACAGACAGGACGUAGAGGACUUUCUGCAUGAAAUCUACUUCCUUCCAGAUCACCCUGAGCUGAAGGACAUCCAUAAGGUCCUACAGGACUACAGGAAGCAAACGUCAAAGAGCUCUGACCUCCAGGCGGCGCUGCAGCUCUCAAUGCGCGCAAUUCAGCACGAAAACGUCGACGUGCGCAUCCACGCCCUCACCAGCCUGAAGGAGAUGUUGUACAAGAACCAGGCAGCAGUGUUGCGCUUGAUAUUGGACAGUGAGUUGGUGGAACCGGUUCUGUCGGAGCUGGUGACGGUUCUGUUAUUGGGGUGUCAGGAUGUUCAUUUACAUAAUCUCUCAUCGAGAACUCCUCUGAAACAGAGUGGAUACAAACUGCUGCGGAAGCCACGGCGUUGGACACCUUCGACCCGAAAGAGUGACCGCUCUGUGUAA